CCUUCAAGAUUCUCAGUGGCGGCGUCUCGGCGCUGAUGGCAGAGUCGACGGCGAGCAUCGGCGGGUACAUGGCGUCGGGGUACCGGAGGGUGGCCGGCGUGCAGCUCUCCAUCAACCACCUCAAGCCCGCCCGCCUCGGCGACCGCAUCGAGGCCAAGGCGAACCCCAUCCGGUACCUCAACCCCGACGCGUCCUUGGACAAGGACCAGCUGCUGGACGCGGUGCACUGGAUCCGGCAGGCGGUGGGGCUCGCCUGCGGCCUGCUCUGGAGCGCCGCCCCCCUCGUCGGCGCCUUCUGGAUCGCCCUGUCAGUCCCUCCCUCCCUCCAUCCUCAAAGCCCCAACCUUCUUCUUUCCCUUCAGACAUAGGCAUAGAUUCAGGUUCAUUGUUAACUGAAUUCAUAAGCUCAUCUCACACUGAAUUUGGGACCUCUUUCCCAUCAUGUAGUAUAGUAGUAGCAAGUCAGUCACACAUGAAUUAGUAGAUGAGUCUAGAAAUUCUGUUAACUGCAUUAUUUCAGAAACCCGCUUUGUUUUGCC